UUGAUUAAACGCAAAAAAGCUCCGAGACCUAGGGCUCCCCGCGUUGCGCUCUGGUAUGGCGUGGCUGCGUUUUUUCGCCACCCUCCGCCAUCACGGUGCUCGGGUUUGAGUGUGGAAUUGGAUUGGCCGUCUUUCCUUCUCCGCUUUUCUCGUUCCCCUUUCGCUUCUUUUCCCUCUUUCGACGAGAAAGAAACGCUGGAAGCUUCAAAGCUUCUCGGGGACUCGAUUACAGCCAGCAUGCGACAUCAGAAAUACGUAAGCACGUUCGUUCCCAGGUAUUCUUUCCGAUUAAAUUGUUGUACGAUGUUCUAAUCUCUUAGAGAAAAAGGAGAACACUGUUUUUACUGGUACCAAAUUUCAUUCAAAAUAUAAUCCUUGAUCUAUUUAAGUAAUUAUGACCAGAGACGUCUAUGGUACUCUUUAGGUUCUCCUAAAAAAGACAUCCAUUCCGCUUUUUUCAUAACGUGAAUGACUCGGCAAAUUCAAAAGAUUGCUUUAAUAGAGGUGUUCUUUAAAAAUACCCUUGAAAGACACUCAGUAUUCUUGAAUAGACCCUCUGGAAAAUUGCAACACAUGGUGUUAACAAAAGGAUUGUCCUUUUGUAAAGCCAUGAUAAUCGAGGGUAAGGCUGGUCGAAACAAUGCGACAAACAUCCUCCAAACGUGAGGCGUGAGUUUCGUAGGGGUGAUGUCAGAACACGGUGAUAUAUGGUUAAAGUAAGCACGGGAAAUGGCACGUGCCCAACCAUACAGUUCCAAAAGGAUUAGGGACCUACUACAUUCUGCAUCACGUUAUUUGGAAACGCUGUUGGAUUCUUUUUGCCGCCGUUGACCCUGGCCUAUCAAUCAAACCUGGUCAUAUCUAGCACAGUUAUAGAACCAAUUUUUCUAAUUGAUUUCUUCCAUUUCCUGAGGCGCCUGAGUGGUGGUCUUUGAGUUAAAUGAAUUUUAAAACUUUUACAUUUUUGUACCUCAAUUGCCUUGAGAUUAGACAAAAUUAGAUCAUGAACGUACCAAACAAUUCUAUUUUCUUAAAAAUAGAAUUAUCAUUGCACAAUGACACACUGUAGUCUUCUAGCUGAUUCUUUCUGAAGCAUAAACACAUGCCUGUCGCUGAUAAAGUAAGUUUCUUCAUUUCCAACAACAGAUGUUUGGUCGUUUCUCAGAAAAUCGAUUCUAAAAGCAGCACUCUCACUGCUCAGAGCGCAGGGCGACGAUAGUAAUGCUCCAAUCAGAAAUCACAACAAUGCACAAAGGAACAGCUGUUUCUGACAACUGCAGUUCCAAAGGAAAGCAGUUAUAAGCUGGAAACGCUGCGUUGCUCUUGAAGCGUCGUUCAUUCCUUACAAGUGUCAAUGGCUCUCCUAAAUUACAGACCGUUUGAUUUCUUCGCUUUGUUUUUGAUUGUAAUUAAUAAUGUCGUCGAAGGUUAUCGUGCCGUGGUCGUUAUCCAUGGUGUGCUCACUGGGAGCGAUAGCAUGGAACUUAUCAGCAAUAGAAUUCAAGAAAUGCACCCUGGAACUGAGGUUUAUAACACGCCAAGGUAUGCAGGAUGGAGUAGCCUGGAGCCAAUGUGGCGACAAGUAGAGGAGAUAGGAGUGGAUGUCUUGUCCAUAGGAGCUGCAUUCCCUGAAGGAAUACAUCUAGUAGGCUAUAGCCAAGGUGGUUUAUUAGCUAGAGCCAUAUUGCAGAGAUUUCCUAAGCAUAAUGUUAGGAAUUUCAUUUCAUUGAGUUCCCCACAGGCUGGUCAAUAUGGAACUCGUUUUCUGCAUUUAUUUUUCCCUGAUCUGGUAUGUGAAACUGCUUAUGAACUUUUUUAUUCCAAAGUUGGACAACACACAAGUAUUGGGAAUUAUUGGAACGAUCCACAUCAUCAGAAAUUAUAUUACAAGUACAGCAAGUUUCUUCCAUAUCUGAAUAAUGAAAUAAAUAUGACAAGGAAAUCGACAGACUUUAAGGAAGGUCUUACCAAACUGAAACGUAUGGUAUUGGUCGGAGGACCCGAGGAUGGUGUUAUCACUCCAUGGCAAAGCAGUCAUUUUGCGUAUUACGAUACUAACGAAACUGUAAUAGAAAUGCGUGAUAGAGAUAUUUAUAAGGACGAUUUAAUUGGAUUGAAAACAUUGGACAAGAGUGACAGGCUCACUCUCAUCACGGUACCAAAUGUCCCUCAUUAUGAAUGGCACAGAAAUGUAUCUAUAGUGGAUGACUAUUUAUUGCCAUAUUUAGAUUAAUGUAUUUUAUUAGAAGUGACUGAUGCCAUAUCAAAGGGAUCUUAAAUAAAACGAAGAUUUCGGGAAUCAUGACAAUUUGGGACUGAAAUUUUGUAUACUAAAUAGGAGAAAUCGUGUAUAUAAGAUCAUUUAGUAAUAAGAUACUUCUACACAUUUUCAUGUAUCAAUAAAAGUUUACUACCUCUUUCAUUA